UGGAUCAUUGCUGCUUUGACACUACCAAAUCAACACUGGGACAUUUGUCUUAGGUACCUGCCCUUCUGUUGGCCCAAGCCUGGCAUUUGUACAUAUUUUAUUCUUUCAGCUAUCAAUGGCUAUGUGCCUGAGAGCAUACCCACUCUCGGCUUCUGCUUUGAUGACACUGUCCAGUGGCAUUUCUGCAGUGUGGGGACCCAGGAUGACUUUUUGACCAUUCACUUCACGGGGCACUCAUUCAUCUAUGGAAAGAGGCAUGAAGACACCUUGACCCUCUUCCCCAUGCGUGGAGAAUCUGUGACUGUCACAAUGGAUAAUGUUGGAACAUGGAUGUUAACUACCAUGAAUGCCGAUCCAAGAAGCAAGAACCUCAGGCUGAAAUUCCGAGAUGUUAAAUGUAUCCUAGAUGAUGGUGAUAACUCAUAUGAGAUUUAUGAACCUCCGUCCUUUACACCCAUGGAGACACGGAAAAUGCAUGAUUUUCCAGAUUAUGAAGAUGAAGAGACUAAGAUCGAGGAUUAUUACCAGUACAUGUUGGCUUCAGAAUUCGGAAUUAGGUCAUUCAGAAACUCAUCAUUGAGUCAAGAGGAAGACCAGUUCAAUCUUACUGCCCUAGCUCUGGAGAGCAGCUCUGAAUCCAUUUCCCCAAGCACAGAUACAGUUAUUGGUUCAAAUUCUUCUUCCUCAAGUAAUACUAGUAGUUUCACUGACAAUAACCUCCCAGAACCUCAGAAAACUCUACCUUACCCAAAAGUCACCACAACUGGGUCCCCAGAGGGACAUGUUUUUGGCUUAGAUCAUUCCACAGCAGAACAUUCCAGGCCUUAUUUUGAAGACCCUAGUGAAGAUCCUCUAAAAUCUUCUGAUGUCACAGGAGUAAGACUACUUCCACACGGGACAAGAGGAUUCAGACAUCAAGAACAUGCUAAACAGAAGGGACACAAAGCAGAAAGGGAGCGAGCAGCAAGGCAGAAGUUCUCUUGGAUGAAAUUAUCAGCACAUAAAACUGGGAGGCAUGUCAGCCACAACAGUGAUUCUCCUCCCCCCAGGAAGGGGCCCUGGAAGGACCUGCCUAGUGACCUGUUACUCUUAAAAGAAAAUAACCCAUCGAAGAUUUUGAAUGGAAAAUGGCAUUUGGUUUCUGAGAAAGGUAGCUAUGAUAUAAUCCAAGAUACCGAUGAAGACAUGGGUGUAAAUAAGCCGCCAACCGGCACCCAGAAUGCCUCCAGUUCUUGGGUUUCAGAAAGCACCCCCCUUAUAAACAAACCUGGAAAUCAGAGUGGCCACCCACAGUUCUUUAGAGUCAGACAUAAAUAUCUACAUGUAAGACAAGAUAGAGGAAAUAGUGGAAUAAAGAAAAGUUCAUUUUUGAUUAGGACUCGAAAAAAGAAAAAGGAA